GAGUCAACCUAAGCGUUAUAAUCGAAAACGUUCGGAGAAAACGAAUGGCUCAUCAGCAUAAAAAAACUACAAGUCCCAGCUAAACAGAGAAAAUGCGCCACAUCCGAGCCAGCCUUGACGCCGGAAACAGGAACGGGAGAUAUAUAAAAAAGACAUCAGCGCACUCAGAACAAUGAUUGACAUCCAAGCCUGGGCUCAGUACAUUGUGGAGUGGGCCGCCAAAGACCCCUACGGCUUCCUGACCACGGUGUUGCUGGCGCUCACGCCCCUCUUCAUCGCCUGCGCAAUGUUGUCGUGGAAACUGGCCAAGAUGAUCGAGGCUCGUGACAAGGAGCAGAAGAAGAAGCAGCGGCGGCAGGAAAACCUGGCUAAAGCCAAGUGGAACUAAAAAGAUUGACAUGUGGAGGAUGAAGUCAUAUAGGAGGAAAAAAGGACAGGGACUUGUGCCCCCACUGUUGCCUUUACUACCAGCAGAGACCUCUCGGGUGGGGCAAGGGAAAGCGUGCCCCUACCAGUCGAAAAGUGCCGAGAUGGAUAUCCCUGUCGGACUUCCAACAGCAAGUGUCUAUGUGACAUUUUUAUACUCAAGUUUUAUCCCAAUUACAUGUCAAAUUUGCAACAGAUUGCAUUCCAUUCUUAACAUCAUAUUUUUGUUAAACUGAUAUUAAAUGAAGCAUACCUACUGUACCUAACAGAUUUACUUUGAUCAAUAAAGUUUUCAUAGUGGCUUAAAAAGGCCUUUAUUUUAAGUUUGGUUCUUGAUUUAAAGUAAAAUGAAACCUAAUGGUGGUUGCACAUUGAAAUGGCCCCCAAUUUGGAUUUUACAUGUUCUCCUAUCAGGACUCUUUCACCUUGUUCACUUUAAGGUCUGCACAAUUCUGUGCUAUGAAGACGAUUUGCUUAAUUUUUUGCUUAGGAGGGGACAGUAUGGUGAUAACGUGUGCAAGUUAUAAGGUUCUGUGUUCAAAUCUCUUCUGGCCUUCCCAGGUGGUGUUUGCAGGUUCACUGUUAGGUUGAGUGAGCCUAUAUAGCCUGCUUUUGGGUUGGGGGAAUAGGAAACCCACAUAAUUACAGAACAUGCAAACUCCACAAUCCAAUUGUUUUCACUCCCUAUAAUGGAUCCACAAGAACGUCUGCAUUUGGCCACCAUGCUGCCUCCUUAAAAAAAAAAAAAAAAAAAACCUUUCGUAUUGCCAUUCAAUUUUCUUGUCAAAACUGUCAAAAUUUUGUUGAAUUGUGUCAGAACUGCUGACCUAAUAUUGCCCACAUUCUUAAGAUGUUUUAAAUGUAAUAAAAAUGUACAAAUAUAUCCUAUUUAAUAAUGUGCAGAGAAAUAAAUCACAAAAUGUAGUAAUAAUCCACACUUCCUCUGAGAGACCAUUGACAUGCUUUGGUGAAGCGGUUUUAGUUUAAAUGGACAAAUUGUGUGUGUGUGUGUGUGUGUGCGUGCGUGCGUGUGAACAAUAAAAUCCAGCAUCAU